AUGUGCAGUUCCUUCCCCGUGCUGCUUUCCCCAGACCCCCAGCAGGUGCUGCAGGCUGUGCAGGGCCUAGUGGCUGAUCUGCACAAGGACAAAGGAGGCAUGCUGGAGGUUUUCUUGGGAGACGCUGAGUGCGAAGAGUAUCUGGGGGCUCUUUGUAGUCUCCUGGCUGCUCCCAAAGUGAGGCUGUGCAGUAACGUCGCCUACAUCCUGGGCACCAUCGCCGAGAAGGAGAGCGGGGCGGCACGCCUGGUGGCACUGGCAGGCUCGGGCUCCGAGGGGCUCCUGGAUAGCCUGAGCGCCAUGCUGACCUGGGACGACCCAGAGGCUGUGAUGAAUGCGGCAGGUACCCUGGGCUCCCUGGCGGAAACAGGUCCCAGCCGGCAAUGGCUGCUCCAAGCCCCGAAAGCUGAUGAGAUUAUUGAGAAGCUCACGGCGCUGCUGGGCUCGGCUGACGAAGGCACGGCAAGCAACGCUGCCCUAGUGCUGGCCCGAAUCGCUGGCUCCCAGGAGGGCUGCGUGAAACUGCUGGGCCACCCCCACGCCCAGCACCUCCUGAGACAGCUGAUCACUUCCCUGACGGCAGAGGAAGCAGGCUGCAGCAUGAACGCUGCCUUCACGCUGGGGCGCCUGUGUGACACGGACCUCGGCCUGCGGCAGCUCUUUGCCCUCCCUGAAGUCUCCAGCAUGAUCCAUGCCCUGGUGUCCAUGAUGGCCAGCGCGGAGGCAGGGGAGAGCCGGAACGCCUGCUUUGCUCUCAGCUGCCUGGCUGCCAACAAGGAGGGGCAUGACCACGUGCUGCAGAGCCCUGCCUUCCCCCGGGCUCUGGCUACGCUGUGCCGCCUGCUUCGCGCCAAGGAGCAGGAGUCCUCCUGGUUUGCUGCCAUGACCCUGCGUGUGCUCGCCAGCCAGCCCAAGGGGGUGAUGACACUAAGAGAGCACCCAGAGCUGGAACCCUUCCUGCAGGAAGUGGCUGCCUCAGAGACAGUAGGACAAGAGCUGCUAGAGGAAGUGACUGGCACCCUGGCCAAGCUCCGGCGCCUCCCGAAACCCCCGCCCCCGGAAGCCAAAGUUCUGGAUUCUGGUUCCAUCCAGGUGGCCUGGGAAAGUUUCAGGCCUCAGAGCAGCCUUGAGGUCAAUUACAGGCUCUACGAGGGGGGCGCCCUGCUGUACCGAGGGCCAGCGCUCAGCUAUGCCUUCGCAGGCAGCGGGCCACGCCAGGAAUACCGCUUUCAGCUCUGCCUUGAGGCCAGGGGCGACCGGGGGCCGUGCAGCGAUGUUACGGUGCUGCCCAGAGAAGAGCCGGUGCCCAGUUGCCCCUUGGACUUCCGCGUGACAGCUCGCACAGCCACCCAGUUAAAAGUGAGCUGGGCCCCUCCGGCCGAGCCCAGCGGCCCCAUCAAACACUACACAGUGUACAGGGAGGAGACCCUGGUGGGCUCCACCCCAGAACUCAGCUGUGUUGUGGGCGGCUUGGCCCCUUCCGCGAGCUACCGGCUCAGCGUCUGCGCAUGCACCAGCAAAGCCCAGGGAGAGAAGGCCGCCCUGCUCAUCAAGACCAUGUCCCUGAGGAGCCAUGCCCCGGAGAGGUUAACCCUCGUAGUGCUGGGGCGCAGUGAGAUCUUUGUGACAUGGGAUGUGCCCAAAGCGCCCCUGGGACGCUUCUUUAACUAUGAGCUGUGCCUGAACGGGGAAGUGGUGUACCUGGGCACGGCACGCUCCUACAUGGCCCGCCGGCUCAGAGCCAACACGGCCUACACCUGCACCGUCAGCGCCCUCACCAGCGCGGGGCGCUGCGUCAGCCGGCCAGUCACCAAACGCACGCCCAGGGAUGAGUACAGUGAUGUCAGCAGGUGA